AUGGACCACUCAAUGUCCGAGUCCCAACACAGAAUAAAACGCCGGAAGAUUGCUGUUGCCUGUGAUGAUUGUCGAGCAAGAAAAGUUCGCUGUGAUGGGAUACAACCGGUGUGUGGGCCAUGCAGCAAGAGGACCGACCAGGGGCUCCAAUGCGUCUAUACAGGGGAGUUAGAGAAGAAGCGAGCAAGGCAAACUUAUAUAUCCAAGCUAGAAACUCGGAUCCAACAACUUGAAAGCCCACAAUACUCAGAAAAGGGUCAUGGAUCAGAACAGACGCCGCAGACAACUCUGCUAUCGCCGACACCUGGUAAUAUCCAGCCGGAAACGCCUGGAAACUAUACACGGAGCAUCCAUAGUCAGGCUGACAUAUCCACUCCGUCAGGUCAGCGAGACGGGGUGAACGCUAUGAUGGGAGCUGUAGAGGAAGAACGCCCAAGCCAAGGUUUCUUUGGAAGCUCUAGCGCAGCAGGAUUCAUGCGUCAAAUUAGAACCGCGGUCGACAGGAGAGUUGCAUCACCUCACCGAAGAUCCUCAAUCCCCCAUCUGGCUGUUCCUUCAAGCCUGAUGCCAACGCGGAGCGAAAGAAAUCAGUCUUCGGUCGCAAACUAUGUGCUCCCCCCUCGAAAAAUGGCCGAUAGCCUCAUGGAGGUUUACUGGGAAUAUGUCUUUCCGUUAUACCCGUUUCUUAUCCCCGCUGAGAUGAAAGCUGAGUAUAUGAAAAUCUGGACUGGUGAUAGUCUGGAAUAUGACGAAAACAUGAUGAUGUGCACGCUGAAUGUUAUAUUCGCCUUGGCUAGUCAAUUGGCCGACUUUGUCCCACCGAAAGAGCGAGAAGCGUCAGCAGAUGUUUUUUUUCUCGCGGGCGAAAGGCCUGUUUCAAUUUAA